GCCAAUAGGAAAAGGGUGCAAAAUUUUUUUAAAAUUUUAAAAAUUUUCCCAAAUUUUGUGGAAGAAAGCAGGAGGCAGGUAAGAAGCGGUCGGAGAGAAGGAGUCGACGUUGCCAGGCGAGAACACAGGAAGCUGUGGUUUCCUUCGCUGACUCUGGUGGCCGGACUGGGCCGGGGCUCCGGAGACGCUGCCCAAGCGGCACAUGGGAAGGAGCGGCUGGCCUCUGUUUACAACAUGCCUUCCUGCAUCCCGAGGGAGAUCAGCCCGCAGCGACAUGCAGACCAAGGAGCUGACCGAGAUCUCCAUCCUCAGCGCCAAACCCAAAGUGGACAUCCUACGGGAACCCGCCUCGGAGAAGCUGAGGAAGCUGAAGAAGAGGAAAGUCCUGGUGGAGCAGAAGAAGCGAUUGUCCGCCUGGAUCCUGUUCCUGGCUCUGCUCGGCAUCCUGCUGAUGGUCAUCCACACCGAGCUGCUCUGCUAUGCCAACUGCCAGUGGUUUGUCUACCUGUACCUGAUGAAAUGCACCAUCAGCAUCUCCACCAUCAUCCUUCUCAUCCUCAUCAUUACCUUCCAUGUCAAGGAGAUCAAGCUCUUCAUGACGGAUAAUUCCUUGGUGCACUGGCGCAUUGCUGUGAAUACUAAGAAGAUGGUGUGGAUUCUUCUGGAGAUUAUGGUCUGCGCCAUCCAUCCAUUCCCCUAUGCGCAACGGUGCAAUGAAAUGGAGGUACCGAACUCGGAGAAACAGUCCCUGAUUUUCCUGUCACAGGCCGACAUAUUCUUGUCCAUCCUGAUGUUCUUACGAGUUUAUCUGCUGCCCCGGACUGUGCUGCUCCAUAGCAAGGUGCUGGCGAACGCCUCCUACCGCAGCAUCGGGGCCCUAAACAAGAUCAAGUUCCAGUACCAGUUUGUCAUUAAGAUCCUGAUGAACACCUGCCCGGGCCGAGUCCUGCUCAUCCUGACCAUCAGCCUGUGGGUGGUUGCUUCUUGGGUUCUGUCUGUGUGCGAAAGAGAUACUCAAGGGACGGCUAAUCUGACGAGUUCUAUGUGGUUGAUUCCUAUCACCUUCUUAACCAUUGGUUAUGGGGAUAUGGUGCCUGAUACUAUUUGUGGGAAGAUGGUUUGUCUCGUCACCGGAGUUAUGGGGGUCGGGUGUACGGCUCUGAUCGUUGCUGUAGCUGCUCAGAAACUGGAAUUUACUAAGGCAGAGAAGCACGUACAUAACUUCAUGAUGGAUAUCCACUAUAUGAAGCAGAUUAAAGGUGCCGCGGCCAACGUCCUGGGAGAGGCCUGGCUGCUCCACAGACACACUAAGCAGGGGGACAUGGCCAAGAUCCGCCUGCACCAGCGGGAGCUGCUGGCAGCUAUUCACAUAUUCCGCCGCAGAAGGAGAAAGCACAAAAAUCUGAAGGAUGAGGUCAAUGCUAUGGUCGACAUUUCCAAAAUGCAGAUGAUCAUGACCGACCUUGACUGCAACUUUACCUCCUCACACCAAGACCUGGAGAAGAGGAUCGACCAACUGGACAAGAAACUGGAUGAGAUUAGCCGUUUAAUUUUGACAGCUAUAGAGUCUCCGCAGUUGUCACACUGACAUUGACAACUCAAGAUACUUGGAGGGUCCUCUUGAAGCUCUCGGACUCCUCUGUCACUUUGUUUACCACUGAAUAAUAGUCUUCCACUCAAUGUCCACUCCUUCAUUGUUCGAAGGGUCAAGGGCGAAAUAACAAAUGUUUGGCUGCUCAGAGCCUCCAUGGGAUCAGUUGCUACUAGAUGAACUGUAUGUAGUUGACUUGUCUUCAAAACUACUGAUGACAUUUUCAAAGAGAUGAGGCCAAAUAGUGACCUUAAUGGACAAUGCACCCUGAUGCAUUGACCCUAAGCUUCAACAUGGGGUAUUGUCAUUUUAAAAAGGGAGAUAAUUUUUUAUAGAUCUACAGUAGAUGCAUAGAAAAUAUGAUUAUUGCCCAAAAGGAACCUUGGUUGGUUACAAAAUGGUGCCAUAGUGGGUCCAUGGUUGAAAAGGUGGAGCCAAAGCAGGGACCUUAACUGAAAAGGUCUUGGCUAAAGGUGGGACUUUGGUUGAAAAGGUGGAGCAAAAGAGGGGACCUAAUUGAAUAGGUAGAGUCAAAGUUGGGCCUUGGCUAAAAAAAAAGGUGAGCCAUGGUUAAACCUUGACUGAAAAGGUGAAAGUCAAAGUGGAGUCUUGGUUGAAAAGGUGAAUGAAAGGGUGGAAUCAAAACAGUGCCUUAGAUACAAUGGUGGAGUCAAUGUGAGGAAUGUGUUGAAAGAAUGGAGGGCUUUGGUUAAAAAGGUAGAGCCAAAGUUGAAGCCAAGGUGGGUUCUGGUUAAAAAGUUAGAACAAAGGUGGGGCAUUGGUUGAAAAAGUGGUGCUUUAGUUGAAAAUGUUGAGCCAAGAUGCCUUGGUUGAAGAAAAAAAAAAAAAAGAGUCAAGGUGGGGUCUUUGCUAAAGAGGUGAAGUCUAGGUUGGGCUUUGGUUGAAAAGGAAGAGCUAUGGUGGGUCUUUAUUAUAAAAGGUGAAGCCAACGUUGGUCUCUGGUUGAAGAGAUGGAGCCAAAGUGAAGCCUUGGCUGAUCUGUGGACAUCGGUAGAGGUGGAGAACCUUUAAGUGCAAUUUUUACCCAAAUAAGGUUUUCAAAUAUAGUAAAUGAGAUAAUUUCUUGACUCUUGACUUGUGUUCCUACAAGUUGUACAUACAAUGAUUGUAAAGGCAGUGCUUGUAGAUGAGAGGUUUAGAAUUCACAUAUCAGGAGGUUACUAUUCAAUAUAAAGGGCUGCGAAUGGGAACAAGCUGCAUCUUAAGAUGAUUUUUUUUCCAAAAUGUUAAUGCUAAAUGUUUGUCUUGUUUAUUGUACAAUGGGGUGGGGUUUAUGAGAUAUAACUACGAGAACAUUCCAAAAUCAACUCAACUGCAGAACAACAGCAGAGCAAUAAAGAAUUUUUUUAGCUCUC